AUAUACGUGAUUGCGUCACUGCAGUUGGCGUGGGCGGACGCAGAGCUGUAUCGGACAAUACGGAAGCGAAGAGAGCGAAUGUCAACAAAACAAAAAGAAGACGGAGAAAAGAUAAAAUCAUCACACACGAGGUUUCCUGUCUCUGAUAUCCUGUGCGGCGGAGAGCUCAUGGAUCUACUGACAUGAAGUAUUUAUACCAUGGACUGUGAUUUAGUUUAGUUUUCGGUAGAUAGAAACAUUUUAGAUCUCUGUGGGAAGAAAAGCAACAUGGAUGCCCUCUACAGCCUGUGGAUUUUUAGCCUUUUAUUUUUAACAGUCCACUGCAAUCUGGAGCUGGCCUCCAGUUCAGCACAUUGUUUCAAACCACCAAAAAUAUUACAGUCAAGACAAGGAGAAGUCCGUGGUUCCAGCCGCUAUGGCCCUCCCGGCCCUGUGAACUGCAGCUGGGUAAUCACUUCCCCAGUGGGAGAGCGUGUGAUUCUCAGUUUCUCUGAGUUUUUCAUCAAAUGUGGCUGGAGCUGGCUAAGCUUGACAACCGUUACAGGCCAGCCCGUGUCGCUCUGUGGAUACGAGCUGCCUAAGCCAAUGGAGUUCUCUGAGGGAAACAUUACAGUGACACACCACUUUGUUCCGCACUUCUACUCAGUUUCAGGGUUCCACCUUUCAUACAUUAAAGACAGCGGUCCGUGUUACCCGGGCGAGUUCGAGUGUUACAGUGAGCGCUGUCUUCCCAUGUCCUGGCGCUGCAAUGGCCAGGUGGAGUGCCUCGGGGAAGGUGAUGAGCUCGGCUCGGACGAGGAGGACUGUGACCCUAUCGAACCUCAACCUCAUCCGGACAAUGAGGCCUCACCAUUCCCAACUGAAAUCCCAGCAAGCUCAGCUGUUAACUCGAACAUGGAGAUAGGAAAUCUGCCACAUGGGGUGCCUGAUCUCUCCUCUCCAGCCCAGGGUGGGCCCUGUGGGGGUAAUCUGCAUGCCUUUUAUGGCUCUUUUGUGCCUCCUGUGCUGACGGGGGCAUCAAUGGAGUGUGUGUGGUCAGUGGACCCACAGGACUCCCGACCUCUCAAGUUGGAGCUGCAGCAGCUGGUACUUGGCCCUAAAGACAGCCUUAUCAUCACUGACCAGCCUGCCGGGGGUGGCAAUGUCAUUACAGCUGUCACAUAUACAUCUACUGACAAAACAGUGGAGGUGGAGUCCCCUACUGGUCUGCUGUCACUAACCUAUCGUGCACAGGAGCCCUUUGAGGGGCGGGGCUUCAAUGCCACAUACCGCAUCGCUGAUUACUGCCUGCCCUGGGAAGGUCUUUGUAAGGGCUCAGAGGGAGGCUGCUACACGCAGAAGCAGCGCUGUGAUGGUCACUGGGACUGCGCAGAGACUGGUCUGGAUGAGGACGGCUGUGGCGGAUGCCCAGCCGGCUACUUCCCCUGCGGGACACUGGCUCUACAGAGGGUGGGGCACCUGGGCCGGCCUGCCUGUUAUUCCAUCAAAGAGAGGUGCAACUACCAGCUGAACUGCGCUGAUGGGAGUGACGAGAGAGAGUGCAAAGUGUGUCAGCCUGGCACAUUCCACUGCGACAGUGACAGGUGUGUGUUUGAGAGCUGGCGCUGUGACGGACAGGUCGAUUGUAAGGAUGGCACCGAUGAACUAAACUGCACUGUGACUCUGCCUCGAAAAGUCAUCACCGCGGCGACUGUGGGCAGCCUGGUGUGUGGUCUGCUGCUGGUCAUUGCAAUGGGCUGCACCUGCAAACUGUACUCACUACGCACUCGAGAAUACAGCUUGUUUGCUCCAAUCAGCCGUCAAGAGGCAGAGUUUAUCCAGCAGCAAGCUCCGCCCUCCUAUGGUCAGCUGAUUGCUCAGGGAAUUAUUCCUCCUGUAGAGGAUUUCCCUACUGAGAACCCAAAUGAGCCCACAUCACUUUCUCUGAGAGGACUGCUUCAGCUCAUCAGACAGGACAACAUCUCCUCCCCACGGCGAAGACGCAGACCACGGUUUGUCCGCCGAGCGAUACGCCGCUUGCGUAGGUGGGGCCUAAUUUCUAGACCAUCCUCUAGAUCUUCCCAGACAACGAGCUCCACCACUCAGCAGACAGAAGCUGCUCCUACAGGCCAGGAGUCCAGACAGUCCGGCCCUCCAGGCUCUGCGGUGCCCAGAGAAACCUCUGAUCAGCCUUUGCCACAAAAGUUGGGGUUGUCCCAACAAACAGAGCAACAACAACAACAAGCGGAUGCACCACCUCCUCUUACCCCGCCCCCUCCUCCUCCUCCUCCACCUCUUCCUACGACACUUCCCACAACUCCACCUUCCCUCCAGCCAGCUGAUCCUCCAGAAACACGUCAGAUCCCACCUGUUGCUGUUGCCCCCAGCAGCCCCUCCUUGGCCUCUCUCUUCCAUUCUCUGGGGCUAAGUAUCUCUCGUUUCAGACAUUUGUCUUCCCCUACCGCACUUCCUCUCUCAUCUUCCCCGUCUUUUUCCUCCUCUUCCUCAGAAGACGAAGUGCUACUGAUCCCUCUUUCCGAUGACACGACCUCUGAGGAUGAUGUGCCCAUGCUGACCUGAAAUGAACUGCACUCUCUUUCACUUUUCUCGUCUUUCUCACUUCCUCCCUGUUUUUUCACCUCUAAAUUAUGAUCUCAGCAUGUAAGCGGCAUCGUGUCUGCAGUCUGUGCUGGCAAGGUGCCUUAUUUCACACGGAUAGGUUAAUUUUCCUGACUUAAAUGUGUCAAGUAUUGGAUGAAUGUGUCAAAGACUUUAGUCUCUGUGCUUGUUAGAUGUGCACUUACUCAGAGAUGGAAGAAAAUGUUGCACAGAAAAUCUUCCUUGGCCUCUCUUUAAUGAGUGUGUUUACAUGCACAAGCCGACGUCAUCUUGUUUCAGCAUAUUUAAGUGGAUGUGCAGACAGCACACUACACUAUCAUAAAUUAGAUUCAAGAGGACAUCUAUGCCUGGAUUUUAGCCCAUUAGUCUGUUAUAUAGAGCAUGUAUACCAUUAAGCUGAUAUCUUUUAUUUUUCUACAUGGGUAUGUGUGGAAACUGUUAGGUUUAGGAGAUGAUGCAUGUACCUUUUGACUGAAAAUGGAAACAGCUCAAGGACUGACAACAAGGACUGUGACAUUUGCAACGUUAUGAACUCCAAAAUAAAUGCUUGUUACUGGUAUUAAGAGUCACUGCUUAUAGCCAUGCUAGUAAAAUAAAUUCUGUUAUUUAGUGACUCGUACAGACCUAUUGCUAUUUUUCAGAUUAUCAAAUUACUUAAGAACUUGCAAAUCAUUCUUUUUUUUUUUUUUGCAAUUAUCAGUACAUGUAAACACACUCAUUGAAACGGCAUGUCCUGUGUUUUACCCUCUGCAAAAUAUACAGCACCAUGCUAUAUGGCUUAUUCUUCACAAUUAGUUAACAUUUGUAUGUAUGUAUAUAUUUGUAUAUGUGUGUGUGUGUGUGAUACUGCUAUACACAUUGCUGUGUGUAUUCUUUAGAAGUGCCUUUGAUAGAGCUUCCUAUAGAUCACUAGAAACUAUGUGACUGUAUGUACUUGCACAUGAAGGCCAAACACACACAUGCAAACGUUUACGCCUCAGUUUGAUUUUAAAUUUAUCCAGGCCAUGUAUAGAUUAUUGCAUGGCAAGAACACGUGUGUGUGUGUGUGUGUGUGUGUGUGUGUGUGAAUGUAGUCAGUCAGUUGAGACAAUCCUUCUUGGUGCCUGAGGCAGUUAUUCGCACCACUGACCUGAAAUACUUCACCUUACUUUAAUGACAAUUAAAACAAUUUCUUCUAUUUGUUCUUCUAAUUUCAGCUUUUGGCUCAGCAAACAGUGAAAGAAACAUGAGUGCCAUAACUAUAAUCAUCUUUUGCACUUGCUCUUAUGAAUCCCCCCCUCCUCUUUUUAUCAUGUUGAUAUUGUUUUUAAUUACUGAAUGUAUUGAAGCGGCUAGCUGUGUAACGUUUCUCGCCAGUGGUGAUUGCAAUAGAAAUUUGUGGUUUGGAAUGGAAAAAAAAAAGAGAAAGAUUUUGAUGAAUUUCUUAGGAUGUGUUUCACUGUAUAUAUGCUGAAAGAUCUAGAAAAACCACAAUGAAUAAAUCAUUUGCACUUU